AUGACUCUUGCCGUGCGCGGCGUCGUCGAGCUAUUCCGUCUCGUGAACCGCCAGCACGAACUUCACCGGCAGAUUCUUGCCUUUUCUCUCUCUCACGACUGCACAUCGGUGCGGAUAUACGGCCAUUAUGCGGAAAUUAAAGGAAAAUUAACCACGUACUACCACCAUCCGAUACACAGCUAUCGAUUUGAAAAUGAGGAGGAAGAGGGGAAAUGGGCGGCACACCGGUUUGUGAAGAAUGUUUAUGAGAAAUGGGUGCCUGAUCACUACGAGAGGAUUUGCUCGGCUAUCAAUCAGCUGCCGCUAGUAUCUGAGUUUUUUGUUGAGUUAUGGUAG